UCCUGGCUCUACCAAUGGGAGGAUCCGUUGUUGGAGCCCCGCCCCCCGAGCUCGGUCAUGGCCGCGGCCAGUGUACCUACGCGCGCAGAAGAACGGGAUGCUAGGGUUUUUGUCGGCGCGACAAGCCGGAUUGGACGACCCUCUUCACCUACAAAGAGCGGAGUCCACACGAAGGGUUUUGGGACUGGAGUUAAACAAAGACAGAGAUGUUGAAAGGAUCCACAGCAAUGGAGUUAACAGCCUGGACAUUGAACCUGUUGAAGGGAGAUACAUGUUAUCAGGUGGUUCAGAUGGUGUGAUUGUACUUUAUGAUCUUGAGAACUCCAGCAGACAACCUUGUUACACAUGUAAAGCAGUGUGUUCUGUUGACAGAUACCAUCCUGAUGUUCACAAAUAUAGUGUGGAGACUGUACAGUGGUAUCCUCAUGACACUGGCAUGUUCACAUCAAGCUCAUUUGAUAAAACUCUGAAAGUAUGGGAUACAAACACAUUACAAACUGCAGAUAUAUUUAAUUUUGAAGAAGCAGUUUAUAGUCAUCAUAUGUCUCCAGUUGCCACUCAGCACUGCUUGGUAGCAGUUGGUACUAGAGCGCCCAAAGUACAACUUUGUGACUUAAAGUCUGGAUCCUGUUGCCACAUUCUACAGGGUCACAGACAAGAAAUUUUGGCAGUUUCCUGGUCACCACGUUAUGAUUAUAUCUUGGCAACUGCAAGUGCUGACAGUAGAGUAAAAUUAUGGGAUGUGAGGAAAGCAUCAGGAUGUUUGAUUACUCUUGAUCAGCAUAAUGGGGAAAAGUCACAAGCUGUUGAAUCAGCAAACACUGCUCAUAAUGGGAAAGUUAAUGGCUUAUGUUUUACAAGUGAUGGGCUUCACCUGCUGACUAUUGGUACUGAUAAUCGAAUGAGGCUCUGGAAUAGUUCCAAUGGAGAAAACACAUUAGUGAAUUACGGAAAAGUUUAUAAUGACAGUAGGAAAGGAUUGAAAUUCGCCGUCUCCUGUGGCUGCAGUUCAGAAUUUGUUUUUGUACCAUAUGGUAGCACCAUUGCUGUUUAUACAAUUUACUCAGGAGAACAGAUAACUAUGCUUAAGGGACAUUAUAAAAGUGUUGACUGCUGUGUAUUUCAGUCUAAUUUCCAGGAACUUUACAGUGGUAGCAGAGACUGCAACAUACUUGCUUGGAUACCAUCCUUAAAUGAACCAGUGCCUGAUGAUGAGGAGACCUCAACCAGAUCACAUUUAAAUCCAGCAUUUGAAGAUGCCUGGAGCAGCAGUGAUGAGGAAGGAUGAAUGUCAAUCCUAAGUACCUUGUGUCUCUAUUAAUGAAAAUUUUAAAAUGGGA